UUAUGAUACAGGUAGUUCUGCACUGCAGAAUCUGAUUUUACAGACUUGGUGAUUGGUUUAUUUAAUAAUUCAUAAAUUCAAAAAAGAAAAUUCUCUAAGGACCUGUACGGCAGUAAAGGGGCAGAUUGUCUGUAGUUAAUGUCCGGAGGGGGGCAGCAACGUACACAAAGGUUUUAAUGUCAACGCAGAUUCACCACACGAAGAAUCUGUCAUCUGUCAAACGUUUGUUAGCUCGCUAAUGCUAACUGACUUAUUUAGUAGCUGUAGUGACAAGAAGUGACAAUAAUGGAGCCGGUUUGGGAGGACCCUCCAGUCCCUGAAGCUCCUUUCUUUACCAGAGAUCAGUAUGACACAUAUUCCCUUGCGCCUAAUAUCAGAGAACUGUGGGCCUUUCUCCAAAGUCCUGUAGAGAAUACCAACACAGAACAGAAGUGUGAUGCCGGGGCUGCAGAAGCCUCCUGCUCUGCCUCCACAAAAGAAGCUGCAGAGUUUAAAGACAACAGUUGCAUCAGCAAGGAAGAGUCCCGUCGGGACAGCUGUGAUAGCGAUGAUCAGUGUGCAGACAAUUCUGGGGAAGGUACAGAACAAUGCGCGGAUGCCGAAGAAUCAAAAGAAAAGCCCAAGCCGGUUGAGGAUGAGCCUGAUGCUGCUUAUCCUGAACCCAGACUGCCCUACCCUUGUACAUCGAGCAUGUCCAAAAAAGAGCAGAACAUGUAUCUUGACAUAUUGAUGAGGAAAAACACAAGGGAUCCUCCACAGUGGUUAAUAAGACGAGUAAACAACGAAGUAAUGCAGUUCAUGGGAUACCUGCAAGAUGUGGCCAAAAUGUGUGCUGACGACUACAACUUCAUAUCAAAUGCAGCUAUGCAAUACUCCGAGGAGUUUUUCAGGGGCUGUUUGAUGCACAUUAAGACUAUUCCUCAGCUCUAUCAAAUCCACGAGAUGACUAGUUUGACAGGAGGAACAUUCAACCCAGAGUUGAAGCUGACCUUUGAAAAACAGCUGCUGAUCAUGGGCAAUGUGGAUAUUACAGACCACAAGAUGGUGCCUGCUGACACACAGCUUGCAUCGGAUUAUCAGAGUGUUUCAUCAGAGAAUCCUCCAGCUAAAAAAGCUAAGGACAUGCACGCUACAGUCAGCAGUGAUAGCAAUGCAGAGAACCUGUGUGCUCGUUAUGAGCCUCACGUGUGUCUGACUCGAGAUGCCCUUGUCAGGCUGCUAGACAACCAUGGCCCUGACUUUGGAGAGCAAUGGGAACUACCUGUGUUGGUCAAAUUAAACCCAGGAAAAGGCAACAGUCAGAAGAAGACUGUGUACAUAGACUCACCCCUUCUGAAGACUGAAAUGACCGUGAGAGAGAGGAAUCAUAUCUACCACGAGGAGAGUUUAAAGCACUCCAUCAAGAAGAAUGGAAGUGUAAAAGUGUUCCAUGUAAUGACAGAGCUUCCUAUGAGUAAGCAGCUACGCUCACUGAAGAGCUCACAAAGAACUGUGGUGCCUUUUGAAAAUAGCGGUCUUGAUUUCGAGGUGGAUCUCACCGACCUGGAGACAUUUGGAGAGUCAACGCCCAUUAAAACUCCCAAGAUGCAGAAGAGACCGAAUGAGCAGCAGAAUGUGUGUGAUGAAAAUGAAAACGCAAGUUCUCCGCCUUUAAAUGAGACUAAAAUGUCCGAUGAGCAUCUCAGUAGUUCACAAGAAGAGAUGGACACCUCAUUGACAAAUGUGGAUGAUCCCAGAAGAGAGGAGACGAAUCAGCCAGUUUUGAGUGAGACCACUGUACCAAAAACUGAACAAAGGAGACAGGACUGUCCUCAGGAAAGUGAUGUAGACCAUACUUUUACAGAAGACUCGGAUGAUGAGAAGCUGGUCAUUGAUGACUCUGUGAUUUCAGCUGCAAAACAUCCUAAAUCUAAGAACACACCAUCCUCCUCAGACCCCCCGAUUACCCCUGUAUCUGAGUCUGUACCUGUAAAUUCAGCGUCAUCUUCCCCUCGAAAAGUCGCAAGGCAGCGGCGACAAUUAAAAAGAGCAAAGGUACCUGGAGACCAGCUAAGCGAGAUCCUGCACAUGCAGACAGCCAUGUUCAGCUCCGCCAAUGACACAGCCAAAUCCUCCACCGUAUCUCAGGAGAUCAACUCACCCACCCGAUGUACGGGACCCUCAGUUCACUCCCAUCCGAUGUCUCUAGUGAAGCCCUGUGUGACUUCAUAUUUAGAGAGAAACCAGAGCCCCCUUACUCCCCAGAAAUCUGCACCAGUGCACAAUAUCACUAUUACAGAGCACAAAAAAUUAUUGUCAGAAGACCUGCAGGCUGGUGCAGAAGAUGAACAAGAUUACAAGGCUCCAGAAGAAGGCAACCUCCUCUACAAGCUCUACAGUCUGCAAGAUUUGCUGCUCAUGGUGCGCAGCUCUAUCGCGUUGACCCACACCAGAAAAACUGUCAAAGGCCAAAACCAGUGUGUGCCAGUGCACCUCCUGCCCAAGUUGGAGUACCAGUUGUGUUAUGGUGUUGAGUGUCUAACUAGCAGUGAGGCUUGCCAGCUGUGGACUGAGACAUUGCUCCACUCAAGCAAUGUAUCCUACACAGCUCACAUCAAUGCGCACACAUCAAAAGUAGCUCUGCUGAGGAAGCUGCCUGACAACUGGAAAGAGAACAUCUCCUGUGGGUUCAAGCCAUCCAAGUCACUGAAUAUACUUCACCACCUACUGAAAAAGCUAACAGGGUUAGAGGAAGGACGGUACCUGAUUGCACACAAAGCAGGGGAACCAUUUGUGACCUUAUUAAAAGUGGCUAAUGGGAGUCGGGGCGGGUACAACCUGCAGCAGAUCCACAGCUCUGUCCCACGCCCCCCGGCCUCCGGUCUCCUGCCCUGGAUACCUGUUGAUCCAUCUGUGGUCCUGCCCUUCCACCAGAAACAUGGCCGUGUCCCCUGCACCUUCCCAAUAAAACCGUUUAAAAAGAAAGGGAAUACUUGGUCACCGAAGCCCAACAACUGUGGAGGUGGGCAGUCAAAGAACAACUCGAAUGCAGGAGGCAAGACAAAGAAUAAGAAGAGCCGCGCAGCCAAGCGUAAAAAGUAUAUUGAUAACCUGAUUCAGAAGUCUGUUUGAAAAAGUAGUGAGUCGUGUCUAUGCAAAGGAAAGGAAAGCUGACAGUCUCUGUGAUUUCAUUCUGGAUAUAUAUUAUCCAUUAAAUAUAAAUGUUGCUGAAGCACUUUGACAGUAUAGAAUCUAUACGUUUAUGGUUGUAUUUUCUUCAGAGAUAUUUUUUUGUAUAUUUUGUCAUUGCUAAAGUGUUGUAAAAACAGAUCAACAAUAAACUAAGUAUUCAU